AUCAGCAUCACCGCCGUCAGUGGAGGUGCCCCGCCACAAUCGAAUCAUUGGCUCUGUGACGAGCUGACGCAUUCCCCACUGCUGCCCGGACACGGUUCACUCCGACGCAGCAGCAUGCUCCCAUCGUUCUACUGACUCAGAAACCACCGGAAGAUUGUUUUUGCUGGGGGAGACAACCGGAAAUGAGCCGCUGGGCUCCAGCCCGUUACAUUUUUCCCGAAUUCUGCCGAGUCUGCGAGCCAACAGCCGUAUCAUCCCGGAGGCAGCGUGCCUCUGGCUCAGGUGGAGCGGUCGUUCUCGUCUAUGGAUGGCUCCUCUCGAGGAAGAUAUAGCCGUGUGGAAUACCCGGCUGCGGGAAAAUAUCCGGAGGAGUCUACGGUCUCCCAAACGGCAGAAAAUAUUAUGGGACUGGAAUUCCACAGUGCUC